CAUUGUUAUCUUUACCUUUGGGUUGAAGCCCGACGGCGCUUUGCAGCAGAGCAACAAUAAGCAGAAGACCUCCAAACAAACCACACGCCAUUGUGAUAGAUUGUGGAUUCGACGAUCUUGUGAAGUCUGAUAUUACUUUAUAAACCGGAUUGAGGGAGAGGUACAGAAUCUCUGUCCAUUUUCAGAGUGGAGGAGACCUCAUCGUAAGCGGCAACAAUGCCGGUUAUAAAUGUAGAAGAACUGACAGAUCUGGAUAAGGCUAAAAUGGAAGUAACCCAGCUCAAACUUGAGGUGAAGCUGGAAAGGGCGAAGGUGUCCACAUGCUGUGAAGAGAUUUCGGAGUACAUUCAGGGUGGAGCAGAAGAGGAUCCUUUGGUCAAAGGCAUUCCAGAGGAGAAGAACCCAUUCAAGGAGAAAGGUGGAUGUGUCAUUUGCUAAUGUGGAUGACUUUUGCAGUUUAGUGUUCAGCUGCCCAUGGACACCUGCUUAAAUUUAAUCAUAGCUGGAAUCCACUCUGCUGCCCGAAAAGGACAAUCACAAACAUGGAAAGAUGUUCGAAUAACUCUAAAUGGCUUGUAAAUGAGUCCCUAAGGAUCUGGACCCUAAUAUGUUGUGUAUUCAUCUUUGAUGUGAUGUAAUAAAUCUGACUACCAUUGUGCACUGAUCACCAGAGACUUGCUUGAUGGACCAAUACAUGUAUAUCUUUCUUGGGCAGCCAGCCAAAGGGUAACAUCUGUGUGGCAAAACUGGGUGAAAGUGAAUGUUUGAGCUUGUAAUCAACAUGAUAAAUCAAGGCUUAAUCGGUGGAAUAAUUUAGCUAUUCAAUAAAACCAAAGUUACAUGGCAAAAGGCCA